AUGAAAAGAAGUACAACAAAUGACAAUGAAGAUGAUUUAACUUUUACACCUGUAAUUGGAAUGAGAAUAAACGACCAUAAAAAAUUAUCACCACCACGAAAAAAACUCAAAUUUGGUGUUGAUGCAAUUCUUGGUACACAUUCAGAUAAUGAAUCUUCAUUUGAUGUUGGGAAUGAUUCAGAUGAUGAUUUAAGACAUAAAGUUCGUGUUCAUGCUGAAUCACCUAUUUCAUCAAGUUCAUCGGUUUCUUCAAAUGAACCAUGUAUUACCAAAUCACCUCUUUUCAAACCACCAUUUUUAGCACAUCUUAAUAGUAGUUCGCCAUCAACCGAUCAACAUUCUAUACCACAUUCAGCACUUCUCUCUCAUUCUAUUUAUGGAUCAUCAUCAUAUUCACCAUUUAAUUGUCUAUCAUCCAACAAUAAUAAUAAUAAUAACAACAGUAAUGGUAUAACUGGAUCAUCACGAGAACAUAUCAAUGAACAACAACAUCAAAAUCUUCUUCAUGAUCGUCUUCUUCUCCAAAUGGCUGCUAGUAGUCGACAGCAACAUCUAUCAUUUGAUGGUCAUCCUCUACCACCCAAUGGAUUAUGGCGUCCAGGUCUUCGACCUUUUAUUGGUAAUCAACCAGGUAGUUAUUUCGGUAGUAAUGGUUCACCAUCAAUAAAUUCAUCAACACCUUCAUUAUUAAGUGGUACAGUACCACCAAAUGGACUUUAUAUUCCACCACCACCUUCAAGUAUAUUUUGGCCUUUAGGACUUCGUAGUAAACCACGUCGUGGAAUGUUACGACGUGCAGUUUUUUCUGAUCAACAACGUAAAGGUCUUGAAAUUGCUUUUCUUAAACAAAAAUAUAUUAGUAAACCAGAAAGAAAAAAAUUAGCUCAACGACUUGGAUUAAAAGAUUCACAGGUUAAAAUAUGGUUUCAAAAUCGUCGUAUGAAAUGGAGAAAUACAAAAGAACGUGAAUUACUCACAUCAAGUUCAACAACUAAUAGCAAUAACAAUAACAACAAUAACAAUAAUAAUAAUAAUAAUAAUUUCACUGAUGGUACAGAAUCAACCUCGUCAACAAAAAAUUCAACAAGUCAUGAGAAAAAUGAAUUAUGUAUUUUAUCAAAUGAUUGUUGUGAUUGUCAACAACAACAAAAUGAAGAUACGAUCACCUUUCAUCCAUCAUUAACUGUUAAUAAUGAUGAAACAAAUAGUUCUGAUGUUGAUGUUAAUGAUGAUUCAAGAAAACCAUAA